AUGUGCGAUCGGCGCGACGGUUCUUCGGCGGCGGCGGCGGCAGACGACAAGUCGUCCACGCGCGGUGCCAGCAGGGGCGGUAGCGGCGGCGGAGGCGUGUGGGACCGCAUUCGCCGUCGACGCGCGUCGUUCUCGGUGGGCAGCCCGUCCGGCGAAUCAGGGCUUGAGAGGCCGCAUCGCGCGCCGUGGUCGGCGGUGGCGGAGGAGGAAGAGGAAGAGGAAGGCGCCGCGCCGGUGCCAGUAGCAGCUGCGGGGGACGACAAGGGCUGGUUGCGCGAUCUCGUGGGCGCGGGGAGGAACUGGCGGGGCAUCCGCAUCGGCGGAGGCAAGGACCGACAAAUCUCCGCCGCGCCGGCGGAAAACGUCAGCGAGCGGGGCUGGUUGCGCGGAAAGAUGGGCUCGGCGAAGGAGCGACGCGCGUCGCUAUCUCUGGGAAACUUGCGGGAGAUGCGGGAGAUUCAGGAGGGAGGCGAGGGGGACAGGAGAGACUCGUCCUGCGUCGACGGCGUUAAGCAAGGAACCGGGGGUGAAUGGAGGGAAAUUAGUAGCAGCUUUAAUCAGAGAGAUCCGUGGAAAGCGGACUACACACACAAGUCAAAGAUACCAGCGUCUUUAACUCACAUUCCUCUCUCCUCGCACGUCUGGAUUGCGGAGGAGGAUCAGACAGACGACGGCGCCUGCGCCACUCCCGGUAUCAUCGCUUCGCAAGCGCGGCGCCCGGUCACUCCGCGCACCCCGCUCGCUCCCGCGGACACCGCACAGCACGCGUGGGGUUCGGCGGACGGGUUGACGGCGGAGCGGAACGGCGCGGAUCCGCGGGGUUGGCGAGGCGGAACCGUUGAAAUUGGACAAGCCCCGGGGUUCGUGCGCGGACGCGCCGCGUUUCCUAGGAACGCGAGCGUGGAUAGCGGGCGACACAUGGGCGAGGGGCAAGGGGAGGGCUUAGCACACGCGUGUCUCUUUUCAGGAGGCGGCCGAGUCGCGCAUAGGCCUGAUGAAACGAGCUUGGGGAGUGACGGGUCUAUGGGUGGUAGUAAGCACAUAGGGCUACCAGGGACAGUGCAGGAAGAAGGGCACUUGGGAUGGGGCAGCGGCAGAGGAGCACGCCCCCACACGCCUGAGUGGGGGCAGCUACAGCCACUGCAGCCACAGCAGGGUCACACAGGCAGAGGCAUGCAGCAUGCGCCACAGGUGUUACCUGUGCAUGUGAUGCUGCAGGGCUCGCCUGUGCAGGACGGCAGGCAGCAUGCAGAGAAGGCGCAGCAAGCGCAGCUGUACCAGCAGUUUGACAGGUACAUGCCUUACGGUCUGCAGCUAAGGCAGCAGCAGCAGCAGCAGCAGCAGCAGCAGCAGCAGCAGCGGCAGCAGGUAUCCCUUCCCCAGGUGCCACCCUCCAGCCAUGCGCUGUCAGAGUCCCCGGCAGCAGUGGGGAGGCAUGGGGUGGACCCACUCUACCCAGACAUCAUGCGAUGA